AUGGACGAUCGCACCGCGCUCGCUGCAAUCAAGCGCCGCCUAGACCAUUUCGAACGCGAUCCCAGCGUGCUGAGCUCGCAAGACACUCCCGCCCUCAGUUCCCUCGAAGUCCGCCUCACCAAGUUGCGAGCCAACUCGAACAUCGCACAAUCAUCGCUCCCGGCCGAACUAGAUCAGCUGAUCGCUCGGACACAAAGACUCUCGCGCAAUGUCGCGGCGGCGCAGGCAUACGGCAGCGACGAAGACGAAGGCCAAGACGACGACGACUAUGAUGUCCUCCACCUGAGCCCCUCGGCCAUCGCCCGCCAACUUCAAGAGAGCAUUGCGAGCCAGCAUCUGGCCACCAUCACACUACCGCCCACGCCCAAGCUAGUCGUCAAUGAGGAUCCACAUCCCUCUGCUCCGGGCGACGACCCUGAGAAGCGCCGCCUCGCGCUCGAACAGCGCGAAGACGACAUUUCCGAGUACGAACAAGGAGCAGCGGUUCGCAGGAGGCAAGGCUACAUGCGCGACGAGGAUGGCGACCGCACUGAAAAGGCCCCAACAACAUCCGAAAAGCCCUCGUCGUCCUCUGCGCCAUCGCAACCCCUCCUCUCGACCGAGCGCACAACGCAAGAAGCCCUCUCCAACGAGCUCCUCCGUAUGGCCUCAGUCCUCCGCUCACAGACCGUCUCCUUCUCCGACGCCCUCGAGCGUGAUCGAAAGCUCCUCGAGUCGGCCGACGAGAAGCUCAUCCAAAAUAUGGACGUCAUGACGAGAACGCGCGGCAAGUUGGGCGAGUAUGCGCAGCAGGCUAGAGGGAUGGGAUGGUUCACCCUAGGCACCGUCCUUAUGGUUGUGGUAACGUGGGUGAUCAUGUUUGUGGUCAUUAAGUUGACUUGA